GCCCCGCGCGGCAAUGGCGGCGUUGGCAGCGGCGCGGCGUGGGACCGACAGCCGCUUCCGGUGGCGAACGCUGGCCCUGGCAGGCAGGGUGCGGGGCGCGGCGAGGGGCGCAGCAGCAGGACAGCAGUACUAUGACCUUCUAGUGAUUGGAGGGGGAUCUGGUGGCCUGGCCUGUGCCAAGGAAGCUGCUCAACUGGGAAAGAAGGUGGCAGUGCUCGACUAUGUGGACCCUUCCCCUCGAGGCACCAGGUGGGGUCUUGGUGGCACCUGUGUGAAUGUUGGCUGCAUCCCCAAGAAGCUGAUGCAUCAGGCGGCACUGUUGGGUGGCAUGAUCCAAGAUGCCCCCCACUAUGGCUGGGAGGUGAUCCAGCCUGUUCAGCAUGACUGGAGAAAAAUGGCAGAAGCUGUUCAAAAUCACGUGAAGUCCCUGAACUGGGGACACCUGGUCCAGUUACGGGACAGAAAAGUCAAGUACUUUAACAUCAAGGCCAGCUUUGUCAAUGAGCACACAGUCUGUGGUGUCACAAAAGAUGGAAAAGAGACUCUGCUUUCAGCUGAGCACAUCAUCAUUGCUACUGGAGGGCGGCCAAGGUACCCCACACAUAUCAAAGGUGCCCUGGAAUAUGGACUUACAAGUGAUGACAUCUUCUGGCUGAAGGAAUCUCCUGGGAAAACGUUGGUGGUCGGUGCCAGCUAUGUGGCCCUGGAGUGCGCUGGCUUCCUCACAGGGAUUGGACUGGACACCACCAUCAUGAUGCGCAGCAUCCCCCUCCGGGGCUUCGACCAGCAAAUGUCUUCCUUAGUCAUGGAAUACAUGGAAUCUCAUGGCACCCGGUUCCUGAGGGGCUGCACUCCCUCAAGUGUGGGGAGGCUUCUGGAUGGCCAGCUCCAGGUCACCUGGAAGGACGAGGUUUCUGGCAAGGAGGACAAGAGUAUCUUUAACACUGUCCUGUGGGCCAUAGGUCGAGUUCCAGAAACCAAAAUUCUUAAUUUGGAGAAGGCAGGAGUAAAAACCAACCCUAAUAAUCAUAAGAUCCUGGUGGACGCCCGGGAAGCCACCACUGUCCCCCACAUCUAUGCCAUCGGAGAUGUGGCAGAGGGGCGGCCCGAACUGACACCUACGGCUAUCAUGGCUGGGAAGCUCUUGGCCCAGAGGCUCUGUGGUCAGUCCUCAGUCCUGAUGGAUUAUAACAAUGUCCCCACAACUGUUUUUACCCCUUUGGAAUAUGGCUGUGUGGGGCUGUCAGAGGAGGAGGCUGUGGCUCGCCAUGGAGAGGAGCACGUGGAGGUUUACCAUGCGUAUUACAAACCCCUGGAGUUUACGGUGGCUGAAAGGGAUGCAUCCCAGUGCUACAUAAAGAUGGUGUGUCUUCGAGAGCCUCCACAGCUGGUGCUGGGCCUGCAUUUCCUUGGCCCCAGUGCAGGAGAAGUUACUCAAGGAUUUGCUCUGGGGAUCAAGUGUGGGGCCUCCUAUGCACAGGUAAUGCAGACAGUGGGCAUCCACCCCACCUGUGCUGAGGAGAUAGCCAAGCUGCGCAUCUCCAAGCGCUCAGGCCUGGACCCCACCAUGACAGGCUGCUGAGGGUAAGCCACCAUCCCUGCCAGGCGCAGAGCACAAGGCAUACCUGCCACCGCCCACAGCCUGGCUCUGCGGAGACCGGAAUCCAGGACCCCGGAGGCCAAACCUGGGCAAGCUUUGCCCCUAUCUGGAGAGCCCCUGGCUGGAGGGACCCUGAGGUAGCCAGCGUGUCUGGACAGAUUGCCUGUGUGCCCUGCAGGGAUGGCUUCUAGGGGCAGCUAGCCCCAACACCUGCACUUCGUACCCUCUCCUGCCUGGGCUGGCCUUGCCAGGCCCCAAAUACCAGAUGAUGACGACCUGUGCAGAAACCCACCCUACGGGCUGCUCAUGUCCGAGCCUCCCUGGUAUUUCUGGAGUACAAAUAAAGAGGAUG